UGGAGUCACAGUGUGGAGUCUUACGUGAAAUACGCCAGUAAAAUUACACAAAGUUAAAUUGGAAAAAUUGAUUUGGUCGACACGGAAACCGAGUAGAGGAAUAAAAAAGUCGUUGCGAGGCCCUCGUGGACCUCGCGGAAUCCCUUUCGGAUUAUAUUGUUGUCAGUUUACAAAUAUAACCUCUCUGGAGGUUGCCAGAUCGGCAAUCUACACGCUCAUCGCCGGCCGCGUCCAUUUUUAAAGGCGCUGAAACCAGCUCAUCGCCCUCGCAGCUAAAUCGCGCGGGAGGAUUCUCGAGGAUUCGAUUUGUGUGCGAGCUACAGACCAAGGUGCCCGAGUGUUCUACUCAGUUCUACUUACGCUUUAUUGCAUCAUUCGGCUAAGUUGAAAAGACUGACAAGAAAGAAGAAGAAGAAAGGGGACGUCGACGUCGACAACGACGAGAAAUUUUUUUGAAGACGUUAAUAGCGAGCGUUAGCGAGAAAUGGCGGAGAACAACGAGCUCAAAAGCAAGGUCAUCGAGGAUACAAAGGAGAUGAAGAAGUCGCUUAAAGACGACGCGCCGCUGGGCAAGCAGAAAAAAAACACGGUAGAGAAGAUCAUGGAGUUGGCGAAGGCGAAGGUCGAUACUGAGACUGACUUCGAGAAUAAAUUUGUUCAGCUUCCGACGUUCCCGUUGGAUUCGGUGUCGUCCAAGUUGCUCAAUGUGUUAAAGGAAAAGUACAAGCAGACUACAGAUACGGAAACUGAUCAAAAAUUACAAAGUAUACGCGAGUCUAUAAUAUCUAUUAUUGCCAACGUAUUCCAAUUCAAACGAGACUUGGAUAAAUUUGACUGUGAAUUAUGUCUGCAAAAUCAAAUGGAUGAACCAUUGAGGCAGAAUUUGUAUAAUGCUCAUUUGUGUGCUUUGAAUAUCUAUCAUGAACUGUCAAAGUUACUUAUAUUUAUGAAUAAGAAUGUAUCUUCUAAUGUGCCUCCGGCUGAACCGCAACCUGAGCCUGAAUCUGAAUGUAAAGUAGAAGCCCUGGCAAACCUAAAUAUUUAGGAGUUUCCCAUGAACAAUCGAUGAGAGCCUGCAGUAUUAAUACCACAAUAUUAUUUAUCGGUGAUAUAACCAUUAUACAAUUAUUAUAAUAUUUGGCAUUAUAA